AAAAUUGAUUUGAUUUGAUUCUUUUAGGGCGGUGCCCUUCUGGGAAAUGUAAAUGCAUUACUCACCUCAUUCCCUGCUGACCCUGAUAAGGAGUAUCAAACUCAGUGUCAGAUACUGCUGGAAGGACUGAACCUGCCAUUGCUCCUUCAGAAGGAGAUGGACAGGCUGACCAGGCUAAAGAGCAACACCUCAGAGGACUCCCCAACAACUGAUGACCAGCAUCAACUCAGAGACGCCAACUCCAUCCACAGAACACACCACCAUGAAAUUAGCAACUGCAAGAGUAAUGGCUUGAACUGGUUCUACUCCAUCACUACAUCUACACCAGAUGCCAUGGCCAGGCCUACAAUUACAGUAACUCAGGAAAAUAGAAAAACAAACCUGAGUUGGUCAGAAAUAUCCUCAGUAACUACACAGUCAAGCUGUCAAACUGAGGACAUUCUAAAUUCAGAAAAACAAAAAAUUGAGAGAAACAAUAACAAACAAGAAAAUAGCUUCAUAACCCAAGAGGAGAUGGAGCAAUCUGAGAGACAGAAAGGCAGAAAACAUCCAGAGUCUUCACGGUGUGUGUUUCAGAAAGUUUCUAAGAACCUAAGAGAUCGAAGACUCAGGAAGCUGAUUCAUCAGCAAUGUGAGAAUGAGAAAGGAGGACGACACGGAGAGAGGGUGGUGUCUAGAGACAGUGUAAGUAAACAUGUUACUGAUAUUUUAGAAACAACUUCAGAAUCCCACACGGCCAGCACAGCAUCACCAGGUAAGAACUGGCACACAAAUAACAUAGUUCAGGAUAACCUGUUCUCAGUUAAGGGCAAAGAGAAGAAAGACGAGAGGGACCAGACUGAGACAGAGAAGAAGAAGAACAUUGUUGCUGUGCUAAGGGAAAAGGUAGCAGCUGAAGCUGAAACAAGUAAAGAAUUGCAUGCAAAGUUAUCUGGUUUUGUAUUCAAACCAAGGAAAAUGAAACCUUCAGUCCACAACCAGGACCUUAAUGUCUGCUCAGAUGUCAGAGCAGAGAUCCAAACUGGAUGUAACCCACUCAGUAGAGAUUUUCACACCAACACAGAAAGUAGAAUAAGUAAAGAGAAGCAAAUUAUUCAAGAUGACUCAGAUAGCCCCCUGACAAAGAAAAGACAGAACGAAAACCAAAUUCUGUCUGAAGGUGGGAAAAGGAGAAAACAGUUGAGCUAUUUCAGUGAAAUGGGAGACAGUAGGUCUGAGGAUGGUAUUUGUUUUCCAUCAAAAGGGUUGGAUAAGGAUGAUUUUUCUUUUGGAACAGACAAAUCGGCACAAGGAAAACCUGUAAAUGGAAUAAAGGACAGGGGUCAAACUUUAAAUCAACAAGAACAAAGGAUUAGAGUGAACACAGGUGAUGAGACUAAAGUCCCACCAUUAAAACCAAGCACUUAUAUCAGUGAUCCAGCACUAUCCAAAUCAAGCCACACCAAGUCCACUGUGGCCCCCUCAACCCUGGCUAUACUCUCAAGAUUCUCUUUCACCAGCACAACUGAACCCAAGACCACAGCUCAAAGUAAAGUGGGAAAAGAUCUUCCCUCUGGAGUGGAAAAAAGUUCAACUAAAAGACAUCGUGCUGAAUACUCAAGCGGGAACAGUCCCUUAAGAAAAAAGACUAAAACUGUAGUAGUCAUGGAUGAGGUAAAGGACAUGCUUCCCUUCUCAGCCACAGAGCUCAUACCAGGACAGAGACAUGAACAAUGGAGAGAGACACCAACUAAAAUAAUGUGCAGAGAAAACCAGAUGGAGCCAACUCAUUCUGCAAACCACAGUAAAAGUUUUAAAACUGUGAAUGAUGGUCCUGUUGACUAUCAAAACACUGUAAGUCUGAAGAAGAGAAAGUGUUUUGAGCUGGGACAAAGUAGUGUUGGUGGUUCCAAGGGUCCGUUCUCAGGACUGGAUCUGUUUGGCUCUGUUGAGCUGAGUAAUGAUGUUCUUGACACUGACUGGGAUGAAGAAGUUUCAAAAGCCACAAUCUGAAAUCACCAGCGACUGUCACCAUGUGUAUGUCUGUAAAGAAUACCACUGGAAUGUACUUCAUACAUUUUUCUAUGGGGCACAGCGCUUGAAUUCUUUUCCUGAUUUAUGAUUUUAGUGACCUGAGAAUAAACGUUUAAUCAUUGGAGAA